UUGGGGGGAGCCCAGAUGCCUGGGUCCCUUGUGGGGGGGCUCGGACGCCUGGGUCCCUUGUGGGGGGCCUGGACGCCUGGGCCCCCUCGGCAAGGGACCGGACGCCUGGGCCCCUCCAGGGUGACCCGGAUGCCUGGGCCCCCUCAGCAAGGGACCGGACGCCUGGGCCCCUCCAGGGUGACCCGGAUGCCUGGGCCCCCUCAGCAAGGGACCGGACGCCUGGGCCCCUCAGGGCCACGUGGGUCCCCUUGGGGGGUGACUCGGAUGCCUGGGUCCCUCGGGGGGGGCCCGGACGCCUGGGCCCCCUGGGAGCACGGUGCCCCCCCCCUUCCCGGGGGCCAGGCCUCAUUGGCUGCAGGGGGAGGAGGCGGAGCCUCGGGAGGCCCCGCCCCCCGGGGGGGCCAGGCCGCGGUGGGGGGGGGAACGGGAGAAGAUUUUAUAUCAGAAAUUAUAAUUAUGUAUAAAACGGAGAUUGGAGAAACGAGAGGGUCUGUGUGGUGGCGCCCGGACGCCUGGGCCCCUCGGCGGGAGCGGGGCGCCCGGACGCCUGGGCCCCUCGGCGGGAGCAGGAUCCCGGGCACCUGGGUCCCCGGGGCAGCGGGGCGCCCGGACGCCUGGGCCCCUGGGAAGGAGCAGGUUCCCGGACACCUGGGCCCCUGGGAAGGAGCAGGUUCCCGGACGCCUGGGCCCCUCGGCAGGAGCAGGUUCCCGGACACCUGGGUCCCCGGGGCAGCAGGGCGCCCGGACGCCUGGGCCCCUCGGCAGGAGCAGGUUCCCGGACACCUGGGUCCCCGGGGCAGCGGGGCGCCCGGACGCCUGGGCCCCUGGGAAGGAGCAGGUUCCCGGACGCCUGGGCCCCUCGGCAGGAGCAGGUUCCCAGACACCUGGGUCCCCGGGGCAGCGGGGCGCCCGGACGCCUGGGCCCCUGGGAAGGAGCAGGUUCCCGGACGCCUGGGCCCCUGGGAAGGAGCAGGUUCCCGGACGCCUGGGCCCCUUGGCGGGAGCGGGAGGUUUCCGGCCCUGCAGGUUCCUCCCCACCUUGCGCAAGAUCCCGGCUCGGGGCCACCCCGGACACCUGGGCCCUUGGCGCGGGGUGGGGGGGGGAGGGGGGGCACCCGGACGCCUGGGCUCCCUCCCGCCAGCAGCACCAAGACCGCAGGGCUCGGGGCGCCCGGACGCCUGGGCCCCGGUGCAGGGGUAGGGGCAGGUGGGGCGAGGGGGGGGCACCCGGACGCCUGGGCCCCUGGCAGCCAUUGGGGUUGGGGGGGAAGCCCAGCUCGGACGCCUGGGCCCCUGGUAGUGGUCGGGGGGGUCCUGGACGCCUGGGCCCCUAAUAGCAGUUGGGGGUCCCGGACGCCUGGGCCCCUGGGAGCAAUUGGGGGUGGUCCCGGACGCCUGGGCCCUUAAUAGCAGUUGGGGGUCCCGGACGCCUGGGCCCCUGGGAGCGAUUGGGGGGGGGGGUCCCGGACGCCUGGGCCCCGGUAGCAG